AAAUCACAAACAGGUGGCAUAGAAUGUUGAUUAUAAUACACUUUCUCUGCAGGUGGGAAAAACAACACUUGAUAAACAAAACAAACAUGAAGUAAACAUUCGUAAUCGCCAUGGGRACAAGUUUUAUUGUAUGUUUGGGACAUUGAAACAAUUUUGUUCAAUUUAAUCGAAAGAUAGCAACCAAUACUUUAAUUGAGCAACAUGUUUGUAUAUUUAAGCAAAAAGAUUGCUAUACCGAACAAUGUAAAAUUAAAUUGCAUAGCUUGGAAGCAGCACGGGUAUAUAGCAGUCGCUGGUUCUGAGGGACUACUUAAGGUCUUGAAACUAGAACAAGCGUCCAGCGGUCCAAAUAAGGGUAAUCUAGCUGCUGUAUCAAAUUUGUCUAUGAAUCAAACUCUGGACGGGCAUAAGGAAGGGGUUAAAGUGGUCACUUGGAACGAAAGUCAGCAGAAAUUGACUUCUUCGGAUUUGGAUGGCGUGAUUAUGGUUUGGAUGAUCUACAAGGGUUCUUGGUACGAAGAGAUGACUAAUGACCGAAAAAAAUCGACCGUUAAUAGCAUGUGUUGGACAUCAGAUGGAGCUAAAAUAUGCAUAAUGUACGAAGAUGGCGCAAUCAUUGUAGGCUCUGUUGAUGGAAAUCGUAUUUGGGGGAAGGAGCUGAAGAAUACUCAUUUAACUAGUGUGCAAUGGAGUCCAGAUAAUGGUUUAAUAUUAUUUGGGUUGGCUAAUGGUGAAUGUCAUCUUUAUGACAACCAAGGAAAUUUUGCGAUGAAGCUAAAUAUACAGUGCGUCACCCUUAGUCCAAAUAGAAAUUUUAGAAUCUCGGCACUUUGUUGGURUAGCGGAYGGGCACCAUCCAACCGACCAGUUUUAGCUAUUUGUUUUGAGACGUGCAAAUUGCAAAUUAUGCGAAAUGAAAGCGAUGACGCCCCAGUUAUCAUCGAUACAAGUAUGCGAAAUAUAGCUGCUGAGUGGAAUCAAGAUGGUUCUGUGCUUUCUGUUUGUGGAAUUCUUAUAGAUUUCAAUACUUCGAAAGAAUCGAAUCAAGUAAAUUUUUACUCCCCAUUCGGACAUUUGAUACGCACCUUAAAGGUUCCAGGGAAUGAGAUCUCUUCACUUUCAUGGGAAGGAAAAUCGCUACGCAUUGCAAUGGCUGUCGAUUCAUUCAUAUAUUUUGCAAAUAUACGUCCAGAUUAUAUGUGGUGUUAUUUUGAAAAAACGAUUGUUUUUCUUAAUAAAAGCAGUACCAAUCAUACGCGAAAUUCAACGACCAACAUUAUCACUUUCUGGAAUACAGUUUCUAAUCAGAGUUUCCUAAAGGAAGUCGAGCCAGCAUUGGGGAUGGCUGCUUGCAACGACCAUUGUGUUUUAGCUGUAGAAUGCUUAAAUAGUAAUAUGAAGGAAAACAUUGUAACUAUUUCAACAAAUCCAAUUCAGAGCGACGAUAAAUGCUAYCAAUUAAUGUUGUGUAAUUCUAUUGGUACCACUGUGGACUCGAAAUACACUGAUAUGAAACCAAAUUUUGUUGCGAUUAAUUCUGGACACGUAGCAAUAUCCUCUUUCGAUGAAGUGCUCAUUUGGCAAUACAACACUCCUAAAAGUGCAGCGAAUUUGCAUGGAGUGAAGGGGCGUAAAGAGAAUCGAUUUCAUAUAGACGACACGCCAACUGGGGUCGAAAUGGCCAAAGACUUAGUAAUUGCAACAGGGGGCGCAAGUUAUGAUAAAAAGGCUUACAAGCAACACGUUAACAUAGAUCCCAUAUGCGCACUCGCCAUGUCCGAGAAGAUAUUAUUGGUGGCACGUUCCUCGGGUACUAUAAAUGAGUACAGUGUGCCGAACGUAGCGCUUCGAAAUCGUCAUAAGAUUAAUUCAAAGCCUUAUAAAUUGUCAAUUAAUUGUAAUUCCAGUCGUGCAGCCGUUAUAGAUGAUGUUGGUGUUAUGACGUUGCUUGAUUUGGACGAUGAUCAUCAAUCACAGUUGAAUUUCAGUCGAGUUGAACGCAAGKAUGUUUGGGCCGUUUGCUGGGCCAAGGAUAAUCCUUUAUUACUCGCAUUAAUGGAAAAGACACGCAUGUAUGUAUUUCGUGGCAAUGAUCCCGAAGAACCUAUUUCUUGUUCCGGUUAUAUAUGUGCUUUUGAAGAUUUGGAGAUUACUAGUGUUUUACUCGAUGACAUAAUUAGUGGUGAUGAGACUCAAAAUUCCGUUAAUCAUAUUAUACAGUUGCGAGUUAAGUCGCUGCGUGACACUGAUGAUUUGUUGCAGCAYGUGGGCUUAGAAGACGCGAAGCAGUUCAUUGAAGAUAAUCCACAUCCGCGUUUAUGGCGCUUAUUGGCUGAGGCAGCUUUUGUGCGUAGUGCUAAUUAUCAGGGAAUUCAAUUAAUUAAACGCAUGCGAAACAUAUCAGCACGCAUGUUACAAAAAGCCGAAGUAGCCGCUUUCUAUGGCGAGUACGAGGAAGCAGAGAAAUUAUACAUGGAUGCUGAUAGAAGAGAUUUGGCUAUUAAUCUACGUAUUACUCUAUGCGACUGGUUUCGUGCUGUUCAACUUUAUCGUAUGGGUUCGGGAGUAUCUGACCAACAAAUGGAGACCGCAUGGCGCGAAAUUGGCAAUCAUUUUGCAAGUUUACGCUCUUGGGAGAGCGCAAAGGAAUAUUAUGAAAAAUCACAUCACUUAGAAGGUUUAAUGGACGCGCUUUACCAUCUUGAGAGAUUUGAUGAAUUGGAACAAUGCAUUGAUAAAUUGCCUGAAAAAAGUCCAUKAUUAGCAAAAAUAGCCGAGAUGUUGGCAUCAGUUGGAAUGUGUAUAGAGGCAGUCAAGGCGUACUUAAAAAUGGGCAAUCCUAAAUCGGCAGUAAAGGUUUGUGUUAAUUUGCGACAAUGGGGUGAGGCGGUGCAGCUUGCUCGUAAAUUCGAUAUGCCACAAAUUGGAGAAUUGUUAAGCAAGCAUGCAGCUCAGCUCAUCAAAGAGGAUCGUUUACCAGAAGCAAUUGAACUGCAAAAGAAAGCUGGAUUUUAUUUGGAAGCCGCGCGCUUGCUAGGUAAACUUGCACAACGGGAAGUCGAAAAGGACUCCAGCAUGCUACGCAUUAAAAAGCUCUAUAUUCUAGCUGCAUUAUUAUCCGAGGAACAUCUAAAAUCAUUGAGUACAGCAGAGUUGAGUUACAAAGUGGAUAGAAAUUCCAUAUUGGAUACUAUGAGUCCAGAAGAUGCACACGUCGUAGAACAUAUGUGGCGUGCAGCAGAAGCUUAUCAUUUUAUGAUGUUGGCACAGCGUCAGUUACGUUUUGGUAUUACACGCAAUGCUGUUGUUACUGCAUUGCGCUUGUGCGAUUACGAUGAUAUCUUGCCAACAGAAGAUGUAUAUAAUAUACUCGCGCUUUCUUGCUGUGCAGAUCGAUCAUUUGGUACAUGCAUCAAGGCUUUUAGCAAGCUAGAAUGCUUGGAGAGUAUACCAGAAUGUAGAGUUCAGGAAUAUAAAAGGCUCGCGGAAAAUAUUUCUUCAAAGUAUGUAUCUGAAGAUACCAGAAAUGAAAUGGUUAAAUGUUACGCAUGCAACUCGCCGGUACCCGAAAGGCUGACAGCCUGUAGCAUUUGUGGUGUUCGCUUUCCUGCAUGUGUGUCAUCAGGCAAACCCAUCACUCAACCCACCAGCAAUAUUUGGAUUUGUGGCAUUUGUCAUCAUUGUGCCAUCCCAGUUGAAAUCUCACGACAUCAUACCUGUCCUCUUUGUCACAGUUUGAUAAUUUCAAUGACAGUUGAAAUAUAAUGUAAAGUUCAAAGCAUUAUUUCACUUAAAGUACUUAAUAAAAAAAAAAAAAAAAAAUUAUAUUACUAA